CCCGCCCCGCAGCAGCCGCGCGGCCGGGCGGCCCCGCGCCGCCGAAUUACUGCCAUGGCAACUCAAGUGCUGGGACAGUCUGGUGGGAACAGCCUCUUUCCUGGCAGUUCUAAUAUUGGCAUGGCAUUGUCCAGUGACAUGUAUGACUUACAGGACCUUUCUAAAGCUGAGCUGGCAGCUCCUCAGCUUAUUAUGUUGGCAAAUGUGGCCUUGACAGGAGAAGUUAAUGGCAAUUGCUGUGAUUACCUGGUUGGAGAAGAAAGACAAAUGGCAGAACUGACAACGGUGGGAGACAGCAACUUCUCAGAUAGUGAUGGAGAGGGUAUGGAAGAUACCCAGGCUGCAGAGAGUGACCGUGAGGCACCUGAAAAUGUGGAGUUAAGCUCCCUUGAGGUUCCUAGUGUGGAAAGUCAAGGUCCAGCUGCUUGUUCCCCUCCUAAGGCUCCCAGUGCGGACAAAGAUGCCUCAUUGGAAGCACCGGGUACUCCAGAAAGCACAGAGGACAAGUGUAAGAACUUGAAGAGCAAACCAUUUCGUUGUAAGCCUUGCCAGUAUGAGGCAGAGUCGGAAGAGGAGUUUGUGCAUCAUAUCAGGGUUCAUAGUGCUAAGAAAUUCUUUGUAGAAGAAAAUGCAGAAAAGCAAGCACAGGUGAAGGAGUCUGAUUCCUGCACUGCAGAAGAGGUGGAUUUCUCUAAGGGCCCAAUCCGUUGUGAUCGCUGUGGCUAUAACACUAACAGAUAUGAUCACUAUCUUGCUCACUUGAAGCAUCACAACAAAGCAGGGGAAAAUGAGAGAGUCUACAAGUGUACCAUAUGCACAUACACUACUGUCAGUGAAUAUCACUGGAAAAAACACCUAAGAAAUCAUUUUCCCAGGAAAGUGUAUACCUGUUCAGAGUGCUCCUAUUUUUCAGACAGGAAGAACAAUUAUAUUCAACAUAUUCGAACUCACACAGGGGAGCGACCCUACCAAUGUGCGAUGUGUCCUUAUUCCAGCUCUCAGAAGACCCAUUUAACCAGACACAUGCGCACCCACUCAGGUGAGAAGCCAUUCAAAUGUGACCAGUGCAGCUACGUGGCCUCAAACCAGCACGAAGUGACUCGUCAUGCGAGACAAGUGCACAACGGGCCGAAGCCUCUGAUCUGCCCGCACUGUAACUACAAAACCGCUGACCGCAGUAACUUCAAAAAGCACGUUGAGCUCCACAUCAACCCGCGCCAGUUUCUCUGCCCUGUUUGUGAUUAUGCAGCGUCUAAAAAAUGUAACCUGCAGUAUCACAUCAAGUCCAGGCAUCCUGAUUGUUCUGACAUCACAAUGGAUGUCUCGAAGGUGAAGCUACGGACUAAAAAGAGCGAAGCUGACUUUUCUGAGAGCGGCAAUGACAAAGUGGAGAAGGAACCAACAAAAGGGGACUCAGCUGCAAAGAAAACAGAGAAAAUUGUGAAGGUGGAGAAAAAAGAUAAUUCGGCAAAGGAAAAGAAGUCAGUAAGCAAUGUUUCUGCAGGCCAGGUGACAACCAGAAGUCGGAAAUCAGCUUCAGAAAACAAGGAGGUGGAUAUUAAAACUGAGAAAAGUACUGAGAAAACAUGUAAAACAAAGAAGGUCAAAAGAAAGGCAGAGACUGAAGCAACUUCCUCAAAGCAAGAACCUGCAAAUGAUACCUCAGUAGUAACAAAAAAGAAAAAGAAAGUGGAAGCUAAACCCAGAGACUUCCAGGAAGCUCAAAAAAGUGAUGUUGCACCAGAGGAAGAGCCUAAAAAGCAAAAUUGUUGCGUCAAGAAAAACAGAAAAAAGAAAGCUCUGAAAAUUAAGCACAGUAAAAAAAGCAGUAAACUUGAUCAGGAAAAGACUGAGGAAGAGGAGAUGCCAGAUGAGUAUCCUGUCACAGAAAAAGAUGGAGGUGUGAAGCUGGACACUGAGGGCAGUGACGAGAAGGAGCGAGAUUCCACUGACACAGUGGCAUUAAACAGCAAUGGUGAUCAUACUCUCAGGGAGGAGAGCACUGAUCCCAAAGGAAACUGCAUCCAAGGUCCAGGGCAGCUUUGUCUGCCAGCUCAGGAUGCAAACACAGAAUGUGAGGUAAAGGACCAAGAAAUGCCUGCAGCAGUAGGAGAGAGUGAAGACACUGGUGGUGCAAAAGAGGAGGAGAGAUGGGUGGACAAAGGGGAAGACACUUGCUCUGAGGAAUCUUCCCAUACAGCAUCUUCUGGAAAAAGCUUGGAUGUACUCAUGGAUGUGGCACCAGAUCUGGCACCUGAGAAGGAGCCAGAGAAAACUGUGGCAGAAACUGAGACUAACUCAAGCCUGAUGGACCUGACCAAGACAUGCCUGCCAGCAACAGAGUCAACAGGAGAUGCUGUGCCAGCACCUGUGCCUGCAGAAGGGUGUACACAAAGCCCGAAAGUGGCUCUGUCCUUACCUCGGGAUAACACAGCUGUGAAUGAAUCUCAGGAAAUGGAUGAGGACGAGGGCAUCCACAGCCAUGAAGGCAGUGACAUCAGUGACGACAUAUCAGAAGGAAGCGAUGACUCGGGGUUGAAUGGUGCUCGCUCUGUACAAGAGGAAACAAGUCCAAAGAUGUCACAAGGAGCUCCAGACACCACGGUGGCCAGGGAGAACUAUGUGUGCAUUUUUUGUGACCGCUCAUUUAAAAAGGAGGGUGAAUACAGCAAGCACCUCAACAGGCACUUAGUUAAUGUGUAUUAUCUUGAGAAGGCAGCAAAAGGGCAGGAGUAGAAAUAGUUGUGGUUUGGGGAAUCUUCUUUUGUAAGAUCUUACACAGCUUAUGUAAAAAUACUGUAGAUUUUUUAAAGCACGGUUUGCUUUAGUGUCUGCAUUGGUUUCUUUUUUGGUUUAGUUUUUUUUUUUUUUUUAAGUUGAAAAUAUUUUUGACAACUUUAUGUGUCAUGGUGAACUUAAUAACUAUUGGAUCUCUUAAUUAGGGUGUAUGAGGUUAUGUCCUAUAAAGUCACUGUAAGCUUCUAGUCUAUUAGCUUAUGCAGCUCUUUUAUAAACUGAGUUUUAGGAACAAGACUGGAGUUAACAAUAUACAAGUUGGAUGUUUAUAGAGCCACUGGCAUAAGUUGCUUUUUGUUCUAGCAGCCAACUCUCUUUCUCUCCCUUUUUCCCUUUCCCUUUUUUUUAUUUUACUUCUUUUAAAUGUAUCUUGAUGUUCAAAGUGUUAAACUACUUGAUGGUUUUUCUACCAGGAAGAUAGCUUCUAUUACAUAAAGAGCACUUUGCAAAAGAAAUCAAAGUUGGCUAGUGAUGAACAUAACUGUUUAAGCUAAUUACAAUUAUGAACAUACAUUUCAGAUCCCCUAAGUGGAAUGAUGAGCCAAAAUUUGAGAGCAGUCCUUCCAACUUUUGAUUGGAGAACCUCUGUCUUGAUUAAUAUCUUAAUCACUGAUUUGUAAUUGGCUUUGUUGUGGGGGAGCAAGUUUGUUAUUUUUUAUUUCUGCUUUUUGUUUUUUGAUUGUGCUUUAAGGGCUUAAAAUGUUGCACUUGUUUUUGAUUUUUACCUAUGCAGUUUAAUCUUCUAGGAAUAGUGCUUGUGCAGUAUAUGUACACUUUAUAUAUGCAUGUUUGGUUUUGUAUGUGUAAGUUUUUUUUAUUUGGAAACAUUCAGACUUGUUGCUUACCAUGGGAUAGUUUUCUGUGAUGCUCUUUACUGCAGAUUUUUCUUGUUUUCCUGGGGUGUGAUUAACUGCAUGAAGUUGCUGAAAUUAUGAACUGCUUGGCUGUGUAUUUUUGACUGUAUUUAGAAUUGUAGAGUCCUUGAGCAAAACUAUACCAAUGCAGUUCCAAAACACUUUUACAGGAUUUAUUCUGUCAUGGAAAUGCCCCUUCUAAUACUUCAAAUACACAUGCAGAAUAAUAAAUUCUGAUAUAUAAUUUGGGAUCACCAGACAGGAAAAGAAUCACUCUCAGUGGAAACAGUCUGCAGACUCUGCAAGUCUGGAAAUUUUUUUCUUCCACUUCCAUUUUCAUUUUUGUGGUGGACAGCAGUCAAAUGUAAUGAGCUUUAAAAAAAUAAAAUAGUAGUACUGAUAUAAUUUUAACAUCUCAUACACAAAAGACCCCAACGAGCAAAUAAAGAUGAAUCAACUGGUAAGCAAUAAACCUGGAAUUAAAAAUCCUGUAGGAAUUUCUGCUCCAUAUUAAUUCAAGUUGCAUUUAAUAAAACAAUCCUGCUUCCAUGCAGAGUGAAACAUGCAAGUUAUCAGAUUGUCAUCUCAGGUCGACAUGUUGUACCAGGAGUUUUUAAUUCCAAACAGAUUUCAUUUCUAGCACACACAAAUGCAAGAGAGAUUGCAUACCUAACUGCUUGUAGCCAACCAGUGGCAAAAUGUAAACAAAAUCCAAACCAGCAGGAAAGAAGCAAAACCCUCCAGGUCCCAUCUGUGCACUCUUCUGACUGUCAUUAGCUGCCUUUCCGGUGGGAGCAGCUGGGGACAGCUCCAAAGAAGCAAAUUUGGAGGCAGGUGUUACUUGGGGAGUGGAGUUGAACAGCUCAGACAGCAUUUGUCAGAGCACUUUAUUGCAAGUAACUCUGUGUAAGCUCUGGAAUAAACCCCAUUCUUCACUGUGUUGUCCCCACAGCAUCUUCCCCUCCAAACAAACCCACUGCCGUGAAUUAAUUGAGAGCAACAAUGCUACAUUGCUUCUGCUUUUGGGAGAGAUUGGUAAUAGGAGGCCAAAGAUUUGAGAGGGAAGGCAUCCCUCAUGGCAGAAAUAAGUUGUAUAAUGUAUAGUGAGAUUUUGUUUGCAUAGAUAGUGUUCAAUCCUUACCUUGGCUGUGACAAUCAUUGUCAACUCAAGAUCAAGUUGCAACUAUAUUUAUGUUAAACAUUAAGAAAACAAACCUAGUUGAAUUGUUUUCCUAAACUACCAGUUGUAAUAGUUUUAGAUGUAUUUUUUUUUCAUAAUAGUGUUUCAUUAUAUAUAAAUGUUGCCACCAUUUGUGAGUGAUAUGAGCAGAUGCUGGGAAUUCUAGUACUGUGUAGAGGUUUAAAGCUCCCUUCCUAUCCUUGCAAAGAGCCUUUGCCAUUUUGUGAGGGACUUCAAGGACUUUAGCUAUGUUCAAGUUAACUCAUGGACUGGCCUGAUAAUUUUUUCCUGUUGUUUUUUUAAUGAAAACGAUGCUGUUAACUGACUUUAAUGUCCUCUCUAUGAGACAAAAGCAAAGAUGGUUCUCUGAAAUACUGCACAUUUGUGCUGCACAUUUCUGUGAAGUGGUCAAGGUUUCAAUGCUUGAUCUGACAAGAACUCUUCAAAGACAACAGUCGGCUCUUCUUUGGCAGAGUUUCCUACCACAAGACGAGAAACUGAAAAUAAAUUAUUAACAUUAAGAAGAAGAAAAGCUGAUUUUUUCUAUCUGAGACCCAUCAACAACAUCCUGAACUAGCUAAUCUUGGUGCAGAACUGUGUUGGAAUUCUUUGCAAGGUUUGGGAUUAUGUUACAGUAAAAAGGCAAGGAUAUAAUGCAUUAUGUUUAUCCCAGAUGUUAGGCACUGCUAAUAUGAGUAUUUGAGGGGGAGAGUGGGUCACGUAGCCCACCAUGUAUGGUGGUCUUACAUUGCUGUGUCUCCCUAUAAAAAAAUACCCUUUUUUUUUUCCUUUUGGUCUUUUUCAAUAUUGUUAAAUUAUUUUGUGUUGGUUUUGCCAAUGCUAGCAUGUUUGUGUUUUUUGGCAAUAAUAUCUGUAUUUGUGUUCAACCUCCAAUACAUGGUUGGAAGGAUUAGCAUGCCGAUAAUACCCCUACACUGCCAGCCCUUGGUCGAGUCAUGUGUUUUGGGCUUUUUCUGUAUGAAUAUAUACAGUCAAACCAACUGCCCUGAAAAAUGGUCAAGAAAUGGCUGGCUAGGCACCUAAAAUUCAUGGUUUGCAAUUGUUGUUUCUGGAUUUUGAUGAUCUAGGCUGGAACUUCAGUCAUUUAAAGAAGAAUGUUUAACAGCUGACAGGCCAGUUAAGAUACAGUAAUGUCAUUGAUUUCAACUGAUUUAAUGUAGCUGAAAGGUAUUAAAUUCAAGAGUUUUCUUGAAUGUCAGUUGUGUAGAUAUGUGACAUGCAUAUGAUAUUAACAGAAUCCAAAUAGCUAAAGAAAUUGUUUUAUGUGUACAUAUAUUUUUCCUCCCUCUAAAAUUACACUAGCUAACAAACUUUUGUAAGCUGGCAUGGAAACAUGUUUAUGAUGUUUAGUUGCACCAUGUUUGAUGCUUUUACAGUGCAAUACUUGUAUUCUCUGAAUUAAACCAAAGGUAAUUUUUUUCAUGCUCUGUACUGUAGUGCAUGACAGUCUUUUCUGCGUUUGUAAUAGAUGUAAAACGAGCCAGAUCAUACUUCCUGUUUUUACCUAAAUCAUGUAUAAGAAGUCUUUUGUUCAAAAUGUAGUAUAAAGUUAAACUAAAUUGCAUUAUAUUAACCUUUACAAGUGUAUUUUCCUAAGCAUAGUUAUGAUUAAAUAAACUUUAUUAAGGAACCUUCA